CAACCAAAUCAUAACAGGGCUUGGCGCCACCGUUAUAAAUUCAUACCUAUAACUCUUGGGGGGGGGGAGAAAAAUGCAUGCCAAAGACAGAUAUUGCAGGGUAUUGGGUUUCUUCUCUAUAUUUGUUUUGUUUCACUGUUUUCCAUCACCUUGUUGCUGUGCUAUUUAUAACAUAACUUCAUCACAAGCUUUAUCUCAAGGGCAAACUCUCCUCUCCGCAAGCAAAAUUUUCGAGGUAGGAUUCUUCACUCCUACUAAUUCAGGCAAUAAGUAUGUCGGUAUUUGGUUCAAUAAGCCAAUUUCUACAAGUAAAGUAGUUGUAUGGGUCGCCAACAAAGAGAAUCCUCUAGCAGUCACGGACUCGGCUGCUACUCUAACAAUUGGCAGCAAUGGAAAUCUAAAUCUUUUGGAUGGGAAGGAAAACUCUGUCUGGUCAACAGAUAUUCCUGUCCCUUCAAAUACUUCAUUUGCAGAGCUAUUUGACAACGGAAACUUUGUUCUCAAAGACAGUAUAUCAGGACAGGUUUUAUGGCAGACCUUUGAGCAUCCUAGUGAUACAUUUUUAAGCAAAGCAAAAAUAGGUUUUAAUGUUAAAACAGGCGAGAGAUUUGUGUUGACUUCCUGGAAAACGGAAACUGAUCCAUCACCGGGAAACUUCACUGUCGGACUUUCACAUCAGAGGCCUCCGCAAGCUUUGGUUUGGAUUAAUGGAUCAACUCGUCGCUGGAGAAGUGGACCAUGGGAUAACACCAAGUUCCUUGGGGUGCCUCAAAUGUAUCCAAUAUAUCUAAGUGGAUUUAAACUGACAGACGACGUAGAUCAGGGAACAACAACCUUGUCUUUUGACAUUGGCGACUAUUAUCAUAUGUUCAUUUCAUCAGAAGGUGUUCUAAAGGCUAAGAAGAAGGAGAAAGACACAGAUUGGUAUACUGCUUGGCAAGCACCCAAUAGUACAUGUGAAGCAUACGGAGUGUGUGGACCUUAUGCGUUUUGCAAAACGAUUGAAUUGGAAUCUACAGUUUGUAAAUGCUUGAAAGGAUUUGUUCCCAAAUCAAAGGAGGAAUGGAGUAAAGGUAACUGGACAGGAGGGUGUGUUAGGCGAACAAAAUUACUGUGCGAGAAAAACAAUGGCAGCUCAGCUUCCUCUGGUGGAAAAAAGGACAGGUUUUGGAAGAAGAGCACGUUGAAACUUCCUGAUUUUUAUACACUUGUGCCGCCUGUGGAUGCGGAUAGCUGCGGAAGAUGGUGCCGGAGCAAUUGUUCCUGCAUAGCUUUUGCAUUUGUAGAUGGGAUAGGGUGUUUGAUUUGGUCAAAUGACCUUAUUGAUAUUCAGGAAUUUCCCGAUGGUGGACAAGAUCUUUUUCUUCGCCUUGCACAUUCAGAACUUGUUGGAGGUCAACAACUCAAGAAGGUUAUAAUCAGUCUAGCAGCCAUUUGUGGAACUGCCAUCUUAGGUGGCUUAUUUUUGGCUUGGUGCAGAUUGAGAGCUAAGCAAGACGGAAAGAUUAAGGAUACUAUGAACUACUUUGAUUUGAUUGAGAAGAGUGACAAUUCAAGGGACAAUCUUCGAAGAAAAGAACUGCAUGAUCCAUCAGAGCUUGCUAUUUUUGAAUAUGAUACCAUGUUAGUUGCUACAAACAACUUCAGCAUCUCAAACAAACUCGGGCAAGGAGGAUUUGGCCCUGUUUAUAAGGGAAAGCUAAAAGAUGGAAAGGAAAUAGCAGUUAAAAGGCUUUCUUGUAACUCAGGACAAGGCAUAGAAGAAUUCAAGAAUGAAAUGAUUUUGAUCUCCAAACUCCAGCAUAGAAGUCUCGUUAAACUCAUGGGUUGCUGCAUAUAUGAAGAAGAGAAGUUGCUAAUUUAUGAGUUCAUGCCCAACAAAAGCUUGGAUUUCUUCCUUUUCGACCCAAGAAGAAGAUCAGAGCUUAGUUGGGCUACACGCUUCAAAAUUAUCCAUGGUGUUGCUAAAGGUAUCCUAUAUCUCCAUCGUGAUUCCUGUUUAAGGGUGAUACACCGAGAUUUGAAGGCCAGCAAUAUUCUUUUAGAUGCGAAGAUGAAUGCCAAAAUAUCGGAUUUUGGAUUAGCACGGAUUUUUGAAGAAACAAUAGAUCUAGCUAAUACUCAAAGGGUAGUGGGAACUCUUGGCUAUAUGUCUCCAGAGUAUGCCAUGGGAGGAAUAUUUUCUGAGAAAUCUGAUGUGUAUAGCUUUGGAGUGUUGCUGUUAGAAAUAGUUAGUGGCAAGAAGAAUAACAGCUUCCAUUAUCGUGACCAACAAUUGAGCCUAAUAGCUCAUGCCUGGCAACUUUGGAGUGAAUGCAGGCCAUUGGAGUUGAUAGAUGAAACAUUGGCUGACUCGUAUUGUUCAUCAGAAGUAAUCAGAUGCAUAGAUGUUGGGCUACUGUGCACACAGGAUCAUGCCAUUGACAGGCCAACAAUGCCACAGGUAGUGUUAAUGCUAAGCAAUGAAAUCGAUCGUCCAAAACCCAAACAACCUCUCUUUUAUUCUCAGGGCUCCUUGAAAUUUGAUCUUAAACCACAAAGUGUUACAAAAGGCUCCACAAAUGAAGCAACCAUAUCAAUGAUCGAAGGGCGAUAAGUCAACCUACGUUUUGGUACUUGAGAAUGCUGUGAACUCUGCUUAUUCUUUUGUGUUCAUGUAUUUGGCAGCAGCAUCUUCUUUGAUAAUUAUGUUAUGAUCUUUUAUUAACAGUUCAUUGAUUUCUACAAUUUAGCAGCAGAGUAGGUAUCUCUUCCCAACUUCAUUGGGUUAUUUUAAUGAUAUUGCCACUGUAUUCAACUGUUGUAGUACAUUUCUUAGAUAGAUAGGCAAUACAUUA